AUGGGUGCAGGAAAAACAUGUACCAAUGGUAGCUGGGUUGACAUUGACAUUGGUAAAACAGCAGCUGGUGAUGGAAAAUACAAAGAUGCAUGUGAUAAUACUAUAAAUGUCCACAAGACAGAUGAUAAACCUGAUAAAGGUUACAAGAGAUAUACCCAUUCCUUCUCAAGCAAUCAAUAUAUUGGUGGCAUAUAUUACAAUGGAAAACAACAAGAUAGUAUACGAGUAACAGAUUCAGCUUACUAUGAAAAAAGUGUCACUGUAUACUAUUUAGGGUAUGAUGAUAUCCAUGGAAAGGAGAAAAAUAUGAAGUUGAUCAAGAAAACAAACUUUCUUCAAUACUCCAAGAAAUCAGUGCUAAGUUAA